CCCGUUUGGGGCUGCGCUGGCCCUGCCCACGAGCCGGGACGCUGGCAGCGUCGAGUAAGCGUCAUUCGAGCUCCGUCGCGCCGAUUUUGCGUCUCGGGUGGCGGGAGCGGGAAGGGGAUUCGGAUUGUCGCGCCUCCGCUCCGUGGAGGAAAGUGUUCUCUGGCUCCCAAAUCCAGUCCUUGCACCUGAGCGCCCCCCAGGAACCCGACCUACCACCUUCUCGAUCCCGCCGGCGCCUCUGAAUUGCAGCCCCGUCUCGAAUCCUUCAGCGCCUCAGCCGCUAGCCGCGAUGCAUGUGAUCAAGCGAGAACUCAUCCUGGGACUUCAGAAUCAUGACCCGAGCUAAAGGUAGCCGCCCAACCAACUGAGUCACCCAGGCGCUCCUGGAGAAGACAGUUCAUAAUCAAGAGGAAAUCAGACAAUUAGUAUUCUAGAAGAUUUCAGAAGAGGAAGAGGUCACUGUGAAUGGCCGCCAAGAGCGGGUUAUGUUCGACAAAAUUACAUCUCGAAUCCAGAAGCUAUGUUAUGGACUUAAUAUGGAUUUUGUUGAUCCUGCUCAGAUCACCAUGAAAGUAAUCCAAGGCUUAUAUAGUGGGGUCACCACUGUGGAACUAGAUACUUUGGCUGCUGAGACGGCUGCGACCUUGACGACCAAGCACCCUGACUAUGCCAUCCUAGCAGCAAGGAUUGCUGUCUCCAACUUGCACAAAGAAACAAAGAAAGUAUUCAGUGAUGUGAUGGAAGAUCUCUACAAUUAUAUAAAUCCACAUAAUGGCAGACACUCUCCCAUGGUGGCCAAGUCAACACUGGAUAUUGUUUUGGCCAAUAAAGAUCGCUUGAACUCUGCCAUUAUCUAUGACCGAGAUUUCUCUUACAACUACUUCGGAUUUAAGACGCUGGAGCGAUCCUAUUUGUUGAAGAUCAAUGGGAAAGUGGCAGAAAGACCACAACAUAUGUUGAUGAGGGUGUCUGUGGGGAUUCAUGAAGAAGAUAUUGAUGCUGCUAUUGAAACAUAUAACCUUCUUUCUGAGAGGUGGUUUACCCAUGCUUCUCCCACUCUCUUCAAUGCUGGUACCAACCGCCCACAGCUUUCUAGCUGUUUCCUUCUGAGUAUGAAGGAUGAUAGUAUUGAAGGCAUUUAUGACACACUAAAGCAGUGUGCAUUGAUUUCCAAGUCUGCUGGGGGAAUUGGUGUUGCUGUGAGUUGUAUUCGAGCUACUGGCAGCUACAUUGCUGGGACUAAUGGCAAUUCCAAUGGCCUUGUACCAAUGCUGAGAGUAUAUAACAACACAGCUCGAUAUGUGGAUCAAGGUGGAAACAAGCGACCUGGGGCAUUUGCUAUUUACCUGGAGCCUUGGCAUUUAGACAUUUUUGAGUUUCUUGAUUUAAAGAAGAACACAGGAAAGGAAGAACAGCGUGCCAGGGACCUUUUCUUUGCCCUUUGGAUUCCAGAUCUUUUCAUGAAACGAGUGGAGACUAAUCAGGAUUGGUCUUUGAUGUGUCCAAAUGAAUGUCCUGGUCUGGAUGAGGUUUGGGGAGAGGAAUUUGAGAAGCUAUAUGAAAGUUAUGAGAAACAGGGUCGUGUCCGCAAAGUUGUAAAAGCGCAGCAGCUUUGGUAUGCCAUCAUUGAGUCUCAGACAGAGACAGGUACCCCGUACAUGCUUUACAAAGAUUCCUGUAAUCGGAAGAGCAACCAGCAGAACCUGGGAACAAUCAAAUGCAGCAACCUGUGCACAGAAAUAGUAGAGUAUACCAGCAAAGAUGAGGUUGCAGUCUGUAACUUGGCUUCCUUGGCCCUCAAUAUGUAUGUCACGUCAGAACACACAUAUGACUUUAAGAAGCUGGCUGAAGUCACCAAAGUCAUUGUCCGAAACUUGAAUAAAAUUAUUGAUAUUAACUACUACCCUAUCCCAGAGGCAUGCUUAUCAAAUAAACGCCAUCGCCCCAUUGGAAUCGGAGUACAAGGUCUGGCAGAUGCUUUUAUUCUGAUGAGGUAUCCAUUUGAGAGUCCAGAAGCGCAGCUACUGAACAAGCAGAUCUUUGAAACCAUUUAUUAUGGAGCCUUGGAAGCCAGCUGUGACUUGGCCAAGGAGCAUGGCCCGUAUGAAACCUAUGAGGGCUCUCCAGUUAGCAGAGGAAUCCUUCAGUAUGAUAUGUGGAAUGUUACUCCCACAGACUUGUGGGACUGGAAACUUCUCAAGGAAAAGAUUGCAAAGUAUGGUAUAAGAAACAGUUUACUUAUUGCCCCGAUGCCUACUGCUUCAACUGCUCAGAUUCUGGGAAAUAAUGAGUCCAUCGAACCUUACACCAGCAACAUCUAUACUCGCAGAGUUUUGUCAGGAGAAUUUCAGAUUGUAAAUCCUCACUUACUGAAGGAUCUUACUGAGCGGGGCUUAUGGAAUGAAGAGAUGAAAAAUCAGAUUAUCGCAUGCAAUGGUUCUAUCCAGAGCAUACCAGAAAUUCCUGAUGACCUGAAGCAACUUUAUAAGACUGUGUGGGAAAUUUCACAGAAAACCGUUCUUAAGAUGGCAGCUGAAAGAGGUGCUUUCAUUGAUCAAAGCCAGUCUUUGAACAUCCACAUCGCUGAGCCUAACUACGGCAAACUCACUAGCAUGCACUUCUAUGGCUGGAAGCAGGGUUUGAAGACUGGGAUGUAUUACUUAAGGACACGACCAGCAGCAAAUCCCAUCCAGUUCACUCUAAAUAAGGAGAAGCUGAAAGAUAAGGAGAAGGCAACAAAAGAAGAAGAGAAGGAGAGGAACACAGCAGCCAUGGUGUGCUCUCUGGAGAAUAGAGAGGAGUGUCUGAUGUGUGGGUCCUGAGGAGAGGCUUGGAGGAGACCACCACUUCCUCACAGCCAAACUACUUCUUGAGCAUAGAUAGGUGUAGUAGGUUUGCUUGAAGUACUAAGCCUUUGCUGGACCUUAUUGCAGCAAAAGGGUCAGUCAAUUUAAAGUACUGUUUCUAUAUAGAGUGAAAGUAUUGAUUUUUUUAAAUUGUUAUCUCUGGAAUCAAAGUAGAAGUUUUAGGAGUGCAAAAGAAGUCACCUUGCAAAUAGGAAGUGAUUGAGUAGGGUUUCAUUGCCCACCUGGCACCCUUUUUCUGGUGACCUCAGUUUUUGAAAGGAGACCUAGUUUUGCUGCUUUGACUGGUGGGUCCAGAGAAGCAAAACUGAGUCAUAGCCUGUGAGAAGUGCUGUCAGGACCUUUAUCUGGAUAAACUUCUAUAGGUCAUUAUGAAAUAAACAUUUCUAAGUGAU